GACCGCGCGCGGCCGCAGGCUCUCUGGUUAAUCAUCUUUAGAAGACUGGAUUUCUGGAUAUCUACUCCACUCCAUCUCUAUUGACUAUUAAAACAUGAUAAUGCAAAUCUAUAACACUGGCAGUCAUCCAUGAACCUUUAAUUACAUUGAUUAAUAGCCUUUGAAGCUUCCUCAGGGGAAUAAACAAUGACAUCAGCAGUGGUUGACAGUGGAGGUUCUAUCUUGGAGCUUUCCAGCAAUGGAGUAAAAAAUCAAGAGGAAAGUGUGAAGGUUUCCGAAUCCCCGGCAGUGAUUGUAGAGCCAGUUCCCAGUGCCAGGCUCGAGCAGGGCUUCGCCGCCCAGGUUCUGGUUUAUGCCGAUGACACUUACAUGAUGCAAGAUGUGGCAGAAGAACAAGAAGUUGAGACGGAGAAUGUGGAAACAGUGGAAGCAUCAGUUCAUGGCAGUAAUGCUCACUGUACAGAUAAGACGAUUGAGGCCGCCGAAGCCCUGCUUCAUAUGGAGUCUCCAACCUGCCUGAGGGAUUCGAGAAGUCCUGUGGAAGUAUUUGUCCCUCCUUGUGUAUCAACUCCAGAAUUUAUCCAUGCUGCUAUGAGGCCAGAUGUCAUUACGGAAACUGUAGUGGAGGUGUCAACUGAAGAAUCUGAACCAAUGGAUACCUCUCCUAUUCCUACGUCACCCGAUAGCCAUGAACCAAUGAAAAAGAAAAAAGUUGGCCGUAAACCAAAGACCCAGCAAUCACCAAUUUCCAACGGGUCUCCUGAAUUAGGUAUAAAGAAGAAACCCAGAGAAGGAAAAGGAAACACAACCUAUUUGUGGGAGUUUCUUUUAGAUCUACUUCAAGAUAAAAAUACUUGUCCUCGGUAUAUUAAGUGGACUCAGAGAGAAAAAGGCAUAUUCAAGCUUGUGGAUUCAAAGGCUGUUUCUAAGCUUUGGGGAAAGCAUAAGAACAAACCAGACAUGAAUUAUGAAACCAUGGGAAGAGCUUUGAGAUAUUAUUACCAAAGGGGUAUUCUUGCAAAAGUCGAAGGACAGAGACUUGUAUAUCAGUUCAAAGAUAUGCCCAAAAACAUUGUGGUCAUCGAUGAUGACAAAAGUGAAACCUGUAAUGAAGAUUUAGCAGCAGCUACAGAUGAAAAAUCAUUAGAACGCGUGUCACUGUCUGCAGAAAGUCUCCUGAAGGCAGCAACAUCUGUUCGUGGAGGGAAAAACUCAUCUCCUCUGAACUGCUGCAGAGCAGAGAAGGGUGUGGCUCGGGUGAUGAAUAUCACUUCCCCUGGCCAUGAUGCGUCCUCCAGGUCCCCGACCACCACCGCGUCCGUGUCAGCACCAGCAGCGCCAAGGACAGUUCGCGUGGCGAUGCAAGUACCUGUCGUCAUGACGUCACUGGGUCAGAAAAUUUCAACGGUGGCAGUUCAGUCCGUUAAUGCUGCUGCGCCGUUAAUAACCAGCACUAGCCCAACCACAGCAACCUCUCCAAAGGUGGUUAUUCAGACAAUCCCUACUGUGAUGCCUGCCUCCGCUGAAAAUGGAGACAAGAUCACCAUGCAGCCAGCCAAAAUCAUCACCAUCCCUGCCACACAGCUUGCACAGUGUCAGCUGCAGACAAAGUCCAGCCUGGCUGGGUCGGGAAGCAUUAACAUUGUGGGGACUCCACUGGCAGUGAGAGCGCUCACCCCGGUCUCCAUCGCCCACGGGACCCCUGUAAUGAGACUCUCCGUGCCCACCCAGCAGGCCUCCGGCCAGACUCCCCCCCGGGUGAUUAGCGCCGUUAUCAAGGGGCCGGAGGUUAGGCCGGAGGCCGUGGCCAAGAAGCAGGACCCUGACAUGAAGACUCUGCAGCUGGUGCAAGAGGAGAAACCGGCCGACGGCAGUAAGACGGUGACUCAUGUGGUGGUGGUCAGCGCGCCCUCCACCAUCGCCCUGCCGGUGAGCAUGAAGACGGAAGGACUGGUGACUUGCGAGAAGUGAGUGCAGCCGCCGCGGACUCCGCCCGUUAGCGUGGUACUGACGUAAAUAUUCGCAAGGGAUGUUAGUAAGGAAAGUCAGAGGAAGACUUUAAAACAUUUUUAAUGCAGAUGAGAAAACAAUCAGACUUACUGGAAAUAAAUUACCUAUCCCAUGUUUCAGUGGGAAAUGAACUCCAUGUUGAGAUGCUGACAGAAAACUGCCUCUUCCAGCAGGAAACAAGCGAACCCAUCAGUAUGGAUCAGGAGGGACCAACAAGCAGCUCACUACAAAGUCACGUUACACUAAGACUUGGAACACUAACAUUCUGUGAGAGGUUACACAGUUUCCGGAGGGGAGGGGUUGGGGUGGGUGAUCUCAUUGUUACAUAUAGCAAUUUUUGAUGCAUUUUAUAUGCAUACCAGCAAUUAUUACUGUGUUCACACAGAACUCACUUAACUGGUGCUAUGUGAAGACUCUGCUAAUAUAGGUAUUUUAGAAUGUGAAUUGAAGAACGGAUCCAAAAGCUUCAGAAAGAGGAUAGCAAAAAAAGAUCUAGUGCGAUUUUUUUUUUUAUAUAUAUAUAUAUAUAUAUAUAUAUAUAUCAUAUAGCUUAAGCUGAUUUAAAACAAAGGCCUUAGACUAAAAUUUUUGGUUUUCUUUCUUGAAAUAAGCUAAUGGCUUGUUUGUGUAAAGCUUUUUUAUUAAAAGAAAAAUUUUAAAAA